UCUGAAAUAAAUUUCCGUAUCUCCACCUUAAAUUUUACUAGUGGAGUUUUUGUAGCUGCCAGAGUGGAUCUAGGUGGAUGUGAUGCCUUUAAAGAUCAAGGCAUUAUUUAUAUAUACUUCAAAGUGGCAUGUAUGAACUUAAGGAAUGAUUUUGGAAACAUUUCCAUGGCUACCAUCUACACUUGCUGAUGUACUGGAAAUAGUGGAUGUUGAAACUGCUUGCUCUGAUGAAUUGACAAGAGAGAAAUUUAUUACACUAGUUGGGGCAUUACCAAACACUAUUAUAGCUGAUUGCCUUUUAAAAGAAAGAUUAGACCAAGACUCCUUAGAGUUGGUUGGUUUAGUCAGUUCUCAAGUUGGAUAUAAUCAGAAAUAUGUGAAGACCGAAACUCGACUUUAUUACAAGCAGCAGAAGUUUAAUUUGUUAAGAGAAGAAAGUGAAGGCUACUCAAAAUUAAUCACUAAAUUAAAUCCAGAUUUCAAUCUCAAGAUUUCCUGGGAACAAGUGCUGCAGAAUAUUCAAUCAUUGAUUGGUUAUUUUGAUCUUCAUCCUAACCGCAUGUUAGACGUUAUCCUUGAAGCUUUUGAAUGCCAUCCUGAAGAAGCAUACAUUAUAGACAAGUUGACUUUGUGCCAUAUUCUAGGAUUUAAAUUUCACUUCAGAGAGUCUGCUGACUGGAGCACUCCCAAAUCAUUGUUCACAUGUGCAGCACUUUUAUUAAAGAAUGAGCUGGUAGAUCUAAAUGACUUGUAUUCUUAUUUAUUACCAGCAGACUCUGAAAUAAUUCCAUUUCACAACAAAGAAGUCUCAGAUGCCAAAGCCUAUGCUAAAAAGCUGAGUACUGUGAUAUUGGCUGAUAAAAAAGAGGAUGAAAAGAAAGAAGAAGAACAACAGAUUAUUGAUUUGAGAGAAAACAAUCAAAAAAUUGGUCUGUGUGAAGCUUUGCUAGAAAUAGGAGCCUGGGAGAAUGCUAGGGCCAUCAUUGACAGGCUGCCUGAAAACUUUGUUUCGGUUCAUCCAUCCAUCUCCUAUGCCCUUUGCUCAUUAGUAAAUAGAGUGAUAGAACCUCUAUAUGAAAAGAACAUAGGGUUAGCAUCUGUGUUAGCCAAGUGGAGAGUUAAGAAAGUAGAAUCCUGUGAUUGUCCUCUAGCCUACACCUAUCACCAGCUCUAUCACUUAGCCAUGCCAAUGUUGUAUUCUGGUCCAUAUGCUUCUCGGGAUCCUAUUUUGAUGGUGAAAAUAAUGAGAUAGGCUAAAGCCUUCAUGUCAAAGCAUUACUCCGGUGGCAUUGGUCCAGAGGAUGAAAUUGCUUACUAUGGGUUUUUAAAUGCUCUUGAAGAAGUCCUGCUACCAUCUCUUUCCCUUCCUUCAAUGGCUGAAGAAUUGUGGACUCUACUAAAGCUCUAUCCAUAUGAGAUAAGAUAUCAUCUCUAUGGGACAUGGAAAAAUUAGAGUUUUUUCUUGUAUCCAAUACUUAUGAGUACAAGAGCAGAUUGUCUGGAUAGAGCCAAAUACAUCAUGAAGCGUCUUUCUAAAGAGACGGUGAAACCCUCUGGUCGACAGUUAGGCAAGUUGAGUCAUAGUAAUCCUAGCAUUGUAUUUGAAUAUAUUUUGAACCAGAUCCAGCGGUAUGAUAACUUGAUUGGUCCAGUAGUUGACUCCCUCAAGUACCUGACAACUAUUUCUUAUGACAUGUUAACAUUUUGUAUCAUUGAAGCCAUUGCUAAUCCAGAGAAAGACAGGAUGAAAACAUAUAACAUGAAUAUCUCACUCUGGCUCCAAAGUCUUGCCAACUUUGCUGGAGCUAUUUGUCAAAAAUACCAAGUAGAGUUGACAGGUAUCUUGCAGUAUGUGGCCAAUCAACUUAAAGCAGGCAAAAGCAUUGAUCUACUGCUCUUGAGAGAGGUGGUGCAAAAAAUGGCUGGGGUGGAAAUCUCUGAAAAAGUCACAUAUGAUCAGUUGGAAGCAAUGGCUGGUGGAGAGCUGGUCAGACAAGAGGGCAGCAACUUUUCUCAAAUUCGGAACACAAAAAAAUCUUCUACUCGCUUAAAAGACACAUUGUUAGAGCACGACCGCCUAUCUUUGUGCUUGUUGAUGUCUCAGCAGAGAGACAGCACUGUAUUUGCUGAAGAUGUCAACAAACAUUUAAAACUAGUUGGAAAACUCUAUGAUCAGACCAUUUGCUACAUUAAUGCUUACAAAGAGGUUAUGGGACCAGUGGUUGAAGCCAUCAAGCCAGUGUUUUCAUCUAAAAUUUGGGAUGACCUGACGCCACAGUUCUACAUCACUUUCUGGUCACUGUCCAUGUAUGACUUGUAUGUUCCUAAAGGUGCUUAUGAGAAACAGAUUCUGCAGGAAAAUCAAAUCAGUACAGUGGAAGCUAACAAAGACAUGCCUGUCAGCAAGAAACGUAAAGAGCAAGAAAGAUGCAAGAUCUUAACUGACAGAUUGAAAGAUGAAGCUAGGAGGCAGGUGGAGCAUGUCCAGAGAGUGAUGGAGAGACUAGAAGAGGAGAAACAUUCUUGGUUUCCCACAGGGACUCUCAAGUCUGAGAUGACCACCAAUCUACUUCAGUAUUGCUUGUUUCCACACUGUUGUUUCACUGCCAGUGAUGCCAUAUACUGUGGUCAUUUUAUACAAGUUCUUCAUAAUUUAAAAACACCCAAUUUUUCCACUCUUAUUACUUAUGAUAGGGUCUUCAAUGACAUUACUUACACAGUGACUAGCUGUACUGAUAAUGAGGCUUGAUGUUAUGGCAGAUUUCUGUGCAGUGCUUUAGAGACUGUCAUGAGGUGGCACAGCAGUCCAGCUAUCUAUGAAAAGGAGUGCUUCAACUUUCCAGGUUUUCUAACAGUCUUCCGUAAAGGAACUGAUAUGAAUAACAAAAUGAACAGACUUGAUUAUGUUAAUUACAGACAUGUUUGUCAUAAAUGGCAUUUUAGGCUAACUAAGUCUGUGAUCACAUGUUUGGAGUCCAAGAACUACAGUUUGAUGAGAAAUUCUUUGAUUGUUUUGACCAAAAUUUUGCCUAACUUUCCAAGAAUGACUCAGAUUGGAAUGGCCAUAGAAAGACGAGUGGAUAAACUUAGUAAAGAGGAGAAGGAUAAAAGACCAGAUAUUUAUGCAUUAGUUAUAUUGUAUGCUGGACAGUUAAUGAGCAAGAAACCAACUUGGGUACAAGAAACGGAAUUCCAUAUAAAAGAACCAAAGAAAACCAACAAUACAGCAGCACAGAAUCAGACACAACAGCAGUGGCAGUCAGACAGCUCAUCAGGAAUCAGUACUAAGAGAGAUGUUGAUGGACGCUCCAAAGAUGUCAAACCUGAACUCAGUUCAAGAGAAGAGAAGAGAGCUACAGAAAGUGAAAGAGAGAAGAGAGCAGCAGAGAAAAAAGAGAAUCUACACUGGUAAACUGACAUCAAGUGACUUUUAUUUCACAGACUACUGCUUCUACCUGCUCUAGAGUAAAGAAAGAAGCUCGAGAUAGUCCUGACCAAUACCACAGGCAGGCAGGCACAGAUCAGACUGAGGACUCAGUUAGGCCUGAAACGCCCAAGGAGGAGAAAUUGAAGAAAAGUGACCGCUAAGACAGGGAAGCAACCAAGCUGGCCAAAGAGAAAGCCAAAAGAAGAGAAGCAUGAGAGGAAAGAACAUGAAGCCUUUGCCAAGGAGGAAGAGAGACAUUCAUCCAGGGUGAAAGACUACGAAGGGAGCAGUGCAAGCCACAACUUGAGCGCAUCCUCCCACAGACAUAGUGCUGAGCCAUCACCCAAACAUUUGGAGGAAAGAGAUCCUAAACGAAGGCGUCUGGAAAUGAGUGGGUCAUCUCAGGUUAGUAUACAAGUGUAGUGGAAGGUUUUUGUCCUGAGACAAGUUCUCCCAGACAAGCUAACCACAAUAUGGUUUAAGGAGUAUCCUCUCCGUCAAGUGUUAAAGCGUCAAAGAUAACCCAAAGUCUAAUGUGAAUAAAACAAGAUCAAAUGGAAAGUGUUCAAAGCAGAGAUCAAAUCAAUAAGGAAAUCAAUGUGGAAACGGAAGUAGAAGGUGAAACAAGGAGAGAAUUAACAGAAGAGAGCUUGAAUAAACAAGAGAAAUGGAGGCAGUAAGAUCCAAAAAUGCUGGGGCCAGAUGACAAGAGACGAAGGCACAAAAUGGAUGAUACUGAUACAUUGCGGCUUGAGAAAAAGGUGAAUCCCAGACAUAGAGAGCACAGUGACAAGGAAAAUGAAAAUGUCUAUGUUAAAAACAAAGAGCUUGAUCACUUUGAAACCCUUCCUUCAAAACAAUAACAUUGAUAAGCAGCUUGCAUAGAGAGAGACAAAUCUUGGAUGGAUAACUUAUUUUUUGAUGUAUAUUGCAAGUGGUCAGGUUUGAAACCAACUAACGUCACUCUGCCUACGACUGCCUAUUGCGUCAUGUAAUAUUGUUGCCAAAGAAACCAAUGGAACAGAGGAAGAAAUUUACCUUUCAAGGUGUCAAAAGCCUGAUCUGUUUGAUAAGCAUCCUUUUCUUGAGGAGAUAGAGGUGUAGUGAACAAAAAUCUUUCUGUGAAGAGAGGAAAUUGGUCUUAUGAAACAUGCUGCUCAUCAGCCUUUGGUUUACCAAUAUGUGCAGUUAAAGUCAAAGAAGCAUUUAUUGAAAGAUACUGACAUAUGAUGACUGAAAUAUAGACGCCUUGAAAGUUGAUAGUAGGGAAGAUAAUAAAUGAUCUCUUCUUGCUGCUGUUAAUACCACCUGCAAACCAUUCGACUAGCAGAGUCCUGAUAUCAAAAGAAAGUCAUUAUUUGAGCAAAGUUAUAAAAUGCUGCUGUCUGAACGAAGCAGUGCUGUCUUCCCACCUGGUCAGAAGUCUCAAGUGAAGUUGGUGUCUUCAGCAUGUUGAGUGACUGCCAGCUACGUUGAUGUACUGCUGUGAUACAAGAGUUAAUCCAUCCUCUGCAGCUGUCUGAAACAACCUAAGAACAAGGUCAUACUGAAGGAGCCAUACAGAAACGAAUCACUCUCCAUCCUCUAUCCACUGAAAUGAAAACAACUAGCAGGGCCUAUAACAUCCAACCCUUUCUGGAUUUUGUUUUAAAGUAUUUAAAAAGGCAAGAAUUCAGUGCAGAUAUCAAUAAGAAAUAUUAACAUUGAUGAAAGCUGUGAUUUGACAUGUAUUCUGAGGCAGUGACCAUUUGGAAUUCUCCAUGGGUAUCCAUUUUUAAAUUCUGAUACUUAUGCUAUUGGAAAUAGUUAUUAGGUUUAAAACAAGCUUCUUUGUGAUGUUUGAGUUAUAACCUGUUUUCUGUAGACAUCAACUCAAUUUGCCCAUGUUGAGAGUAAAUUUUGCACUAUGCUAUAUAUUAGAUAACAUCACUAAAGCUUCCAGUAUAAAAGGGCUACUAGACUCUCAACCUGUCUGCAUUGCAUUCUUGGUCCCCUGUUUACCUGUCAGCUUGUUUUGUGAUGAUGUUUUGACGUGUAGCUGCUUAUUGUCACUCCAGUGCGAUUGUUCCUUUGUCUUACUUCUGUUAACAAUACUUGUCUUUUGUAGUAUGUAAAUAACAGGAAAUGUAAUUAAUAUGUUUGUCUUUAUGCUGCACUGUUAGCAUGUUCCAAAAAAAAAAGGGGGUGGUGGAAUGGAGCCGUGAUCAGUGGCAAUACAGUGGUCUCAGCGAAGUAGCAAUGGAAAGAUGACUAGAAACUUUUUAAGACCAGAAAGUGUUGACCAUAGAGAGGGACUGAGUACAUUUCUUGGCUAGUAAGAAUACAAAUGAAAUGUUAACAGGAAGGUGGGAGAACAAACUUGAUAGAAACAGUUGUGAGUACUGUACACAUUGUUUUGUGAGUGUACUGUACACUUUGUUUUGUGAGUGUACUGUACAUUUUGGUCCAUGAAUAAACAAACCAGCAGUAGAUUGUAUGCAACAUUGAUUUUGUCUGUCUCUAUUUUUCAUUAUUGCACAUCACUUUGAAUGUUGGUUCUAAAAGUAACUUAUGUCCAUUAUCUAAGUGAUAAUGAUGGAUGCCAAUGUAUUUUUCAAAACUUUCUUUCUGUUUAUUGAUGUAAACCUGUUUCAUUUUUUUUGACCAAAAAUGUUUUACUUCCAUUAGAACAAGACCCAUAUGAAAGUAAAAGCUGACCCAAGUCUAAACAUGUGUGGGCCUAUUUGUAAAAUGUAUUGUUCAGAAAGAAAUGAAUGUAUCCAAAUUAAAAAAAAAAGAUCUUGAAAUAAUAUUCAUUCAGUAACAUAAAAAAGAUACCAACAUAACCUAGAAAUAAAACUUCUAUAUUAAAUAUCAUGAGAGAUAGUGCUGUCCACCUUCAUUCAACCCAAA